UCAAUUGACAACAAUUCCAUUUAAUCAAUUCAACCACCCGAAACUGCUGUGAUUAUUUUUUCGUUCCAUUUCCCCGUUGUUCAUUAAGAUUUCUAUUGGUUACGAAGUAGCAACAGUAUCAUCGCACAAUGUUUGCACGCUGCUCUUCAUCGCUCGUCCGCCCAUCGGCCCAGGGUUUUCGUCGCUUCCAGAGCACGCUCGUGCUGGCCGAACACAACAAUGAGACGCUUAACCCAAUCACGGCCAAUGCGGUUACGGCUGCGAAGAAGCUCGGUGGUGAUGUGACCGUACUGGUGGCCGGUACAAAGGUUGGCCCGGUUUCGGAAGCUGCGGCCAAGCUGGACGGUGUGAAGAAAGUGUUGGUUGCCGAAGGUGAUGCGUACAAGGGUUUGCUGGCGGAAGCCCUGACGCCGCUGGUGUUGGCCACGCAAGAGCAGCUGAAAUUCACGCACAUCGUUGCUGGUGCGACAGCUUUCGGUAAGGCCGUGCUGCCACGUAUCGCCGCCAAGCUGGAUGUUUCGCCCGUGUCCGAUAUUGUUGGCGUACAGUCGGCCGAUACGUUCGUGCGCACGAUCUACGCCGGUAAUGCGAUCCAGACGGUGAAAUCGAAAGACCCGGUAAAGGUCAUUACGGUGCGUGGAACGAAUUUUGAACCGACCGGUGCAGCUGGUAGUGCGGCAGCGAUCGAGCAAGCUCCGGCGGGAGACUUUGCCAGCAAAACGACCGAAUUCGUUAGCCAGGAGCUAACCAAAUCUGACCGUCCUUCGCUUACGGCGGCGAAGAUUAUCGUGUCCGGAGGUCGUGGUAUGAAGUCGGGCGACAACUUCAAGAUGCUGUACGAUCUGGCGGACAAGUGGGGUGCGGCGGUGGGUGCUUCCCGCGCGGCUGUCGAUGCCGAGUACGUGCCGAACGAUUUGCAGAUCGGACAGACGGGUAAGAUUGUAGCGCCGGAGUUGUAUGUGGCGAUCGGCAUUUCGGGCGCCAUCCAGCAUUUGGCCGGCAUGAAGGACUCGAAAACGAUCGUAGCCAUCAACAAGGAUCCGGAAGCACCGAUCUUCCAGGUGGCGGAUUACGGUCUCGUAGCCGAUCUGUUCAAGGUAGUGCCAGAGAUUAACGAAAAGUGCUAACGAACGCACAACAGAACGCACC